AUAUCGUCACUAGUUUGCACGUGUUGCAAUUGUUUUUAUUUUACUUAGCUUAAAUAAUGUCCAAGUUCCUGUCAUAUUACAACCUUUUUCCCAUACCGGACCCCAAGGAGUUCUUGGGUCUAGCCGCGGACAGGAAGAAGGGUAAUGUAGUUACAACACUCGCGCGCAAUGUUGUGGUAGUUUUGAAUAUCAGCACACAAAAACAGUUGCUCAGUUGGUCCCUGCCGGAGAAGCUAUCCUCCAAGGUUAUUUUCGACCGCAGCAGCCAGAAAUAUGUGGGCGUCUUCGGAAACCACUCGCUGCGUCUGUGGGAUGUGGACACCAGUGAUGUGACCAAAUGCAAGAAGCUGAAGUUCCAAAAAAGCAUUGCCCAUCUGGUGGAAACCAAGCAGGAGGCCUUGAUCCUCUACAGCGAUGGGCGUUGCCAAACGCUCUCAAAGGCGAUAGCCUCUCGCAAGGAUCAAAAGGAGGACACGGCUGAGCAACUUACUCUUGCCAACAGCAAGGUCAUCAGCCAGCCCUCGGUUUUCACCUUGGCCCAGGGUCAGCAGGUGCUAACCUAUUUUGAGGAAACGAAGGCAACUGGCGAACUGCAGCUCAUCCGGCUCUCCUUGACCACCGCCAGUCGGCGGCAGUAUCUCAUCAAACGGGAGGAGGUCCGCCCCACAGGCUAUGCCGUCGUGGAAGGCGACGAGGCUCCCCAACUACUAACUAUCUGGUCCGACAAGCGUAUCUUUAUGCUGAAUCUGGCGGAGAGUAAAUCGGAUCGGUCGCCCGGACAAUUCGUGUCCAUGCUGGCAGAGCUGAACGUGGAGAGCAAGUUAUCUGUGCAUGGAGUCUCGCGGAACUUUGCUGCCAUCUACGGCGCAAACUACGGUCAGGAGGGCGCCUCGCUGUUGGUCUACAACACCCAGUUUAAAGUCGUGAAUGCCAAGCAGUACUUUAAGGUGUACCUGGACUUCUCUCGCCUUUGGGCUGGCGAUGAGCACAUCCUGCUGGCUAUGGGACAGAAUAUAGCCGCCGUGCGGUACCGAAUGAAUCGAGAGGUUUUGGUGGAUAUGCUGGGAUCCCAGUUUAGUGACACCCACCUUACCCCCAUUGAACUGGAUCACAUAAACGAGGAGGAGUACCUGGAGUCCGUAAUCAAGUUUGAUGGCUGUAAAAAGCCAUUCAACUACGCAUCUUUAAAAUCUAAGAUAAAUAAUCAGCUGCCUACACUGGAUAUCCAAAAGGCAGAUGGCAGGGAGUUGGCCUACGAUCCUCCCGAGCUAGUGUACCAGGAGAUGGAUGAAAUUAUCAAGCAGCACGUCCAUGGAGAGAUCGCCAGCUGCGAGAACGGGUUGGAGGACUUGAGUGUCACUCUUAUGACGAACUUCUUUGAUACGGGUCCAAAGAAUAUUGCUGUGCAGGCCUUGGUCCGGCAACUGGAAAGAAGUGGAGCCGGCGAAGAGGAGAUCAUAGAGAAAAUUCUCACACUUUUUAUCAAGACCGAGAACACAGAGCAUGUGCUAAUGUGCCUGCGUCGCUACAGUAAUAUUUCUGAGAGAAUGCUAGCCUGGUCGCUGCGUUUUGCUUUAGAUCAAAGCACAAGUCGCUUUCUCGUUAAUGGCGAUGCAAAAGAUAAACCAUUGAAGAAAAUUCGGUCCAACGACGAGUUGGUAAAUGCAGUGCUAGCCUGCAGUUUUGACGCAAGCGGCAUCGAGGAGCAUCUUCGUCAGAGGCUGGAGCUUUCCCAUGUCCAGCAUCUGAUGAACCACCUGUACGAACUAGUCAAUGAACCCAGUGUCCAGCUAGAGGAGCGACCCAACCGGGAUUCCUCGCUCGUUCAGACGGAAGUUCAAGCCCUGCAAUGGUUCGGCUGCCUCUUGACCUCCCACUUCACCCUGCUUAGCAUCUCCAAGGACGAGGCGCUGCUCGAGACACUCACAAAGUGGGCCAAUAUCCUCUCCUUCUACGAGGACAGUCUACUCGAUCUAGCUAAUUUGGUGCCGCUGCUCUCAAAUAUUGUGGAGAAGCGUGAGAUGAAACCCAAGUACUCUACUACGUGGUAUGGCAUCGAGGAGGUGGUGCUCUAUUAAAAAGAGUUUCCCUUGAGUUCUUUUCUUACAUUUUAAGCCAAAUAAAGCUAGAAUUUACUUAAA